AUGGCAACGAGGACCAAGCAGAUUGCACUGAAUGAAAUCCAGGGAACCUUCCGAGAGCAGUAUAAGAGGAUAUAUGAUUAUGCACAUGAGCUGAUGUGGGCAAAUUCAGGGUCCUCCGUUCGCAUACAAGUGCAAAGGUGCCCUGACCUUGAUAACGCAGCAGAAGCCUCAUCCAUGACCAGCUACUGUAUCUUUCAAAGGAUCUAUAUCUGCUUGGAAGCAUGCAAGCAGAGCUUCAACCAUUGUAGGAGCUUCAUUGGUCUAGAAGGCUAUUUUUUGAAGACACCCCAGGGUGGACAACUGUUCACUGCCAUUGAUUGGGAUCGAAACGACCAAAUGCUGCCUGUUGCAUAUGCGGUUGUAGAGACCGACAACAAGGACUCAUGGACUUGGUUCCUAAAUCAUCUUGCAUCUAACAUUGGUGUUGAGAAGAUAGGAAGAACUACUUUCAUGUCUGACCAGCAAAAAGGUUUGUUGCCAGCAUACGAUGAUGUUAUACCAGGUGUGGAGAAUCAAUUCUGUGUGAGGCACCUAUACAUUAAUUUCAGGAAAAGGUUUCCAGGGUUACAAUUGAAGCAACUAAUGUGGAGGUGUGCUAAGGCGACUCACUGGAGGGACUGGGAGAGGAACAUGGCCAAACUGAAAGCUGUGAAUCAAGAAACCUAUAGGUACCUAAUUGCUAUCCCUCCUAGAUACAUUGUUAACAAUAUAUUUGAGAGCUUUAAUGUUGCCAUAGUUGAUGCUAGAGAGAAACCUAUAGUUAUAAUGUUAGAGGAGAUCAGGGUUAAACUGAUGACUUGGUGGGCAGAGAAUAGGGAUUUGGCUCAGAACUAUGCAGGGACAAUCUUACCUAGGAUUAGAAUCAAGUUGGAGAGGAGGUCUAGAUCUGCUAGAGAAUGGCCGCCAUAUUGGUCUGCAGCUCAGAAAUAUGAGGUUGUGAAUGGGUUAGAUAAGUUUACUGUUGACUUAGGAUCCUCUGAGUGCUCAUGUAGAAGGUGGCAGUUGAAUGGAAUACCUUGUGUCCAUGCAAUUAGUUGCAUCAAGUUUAAAGGGCUUGGGUUGGAACCUUAUGUGGCUGACUGCUACAAGAAAGAAGCAUUCUUGAGAAGGCCUAGUCACAGGCCAGUCAGAAAAAGGAAAUCAGCUGCUAGAGAUGAAGAACAGAGCAGCCGCACUCACAUGUCCAGGAAGGAAGAGAAACAAAUGUGCCCUAUAUGUGGUGUUGUUGGACAUAAUAAAAGCAGAUGCCCUAAACCUAUUGAGAACGAGGCCCAAAAUUCCAAGAAACUAAGCAAAGGCAUGCAAUCCAGGGAAAGCAACAACUCACAGCCUCUAGCUGCUAAGGGAGGAAAGAAAACUGCAUCUACACAGCCCACUCCUAAGCUCACUAUCAAGAGAAAAGUUGCUUCAGCAACACAACCAAUAACUUCAGCAUAG